UAGGCACCAACAGCACUUGAACUACCACUCAGCUACAGGAACAGAAGUUGUAUCAUCAAGACAAAUAAAUUGAGUGAGUAAAGGUUUUAGGAGACUAUGGUGUAGCAAGCUUAAAGGUUAGGUGACAUAGUCAACAGUAGAUUGAGAUACAGAAACCUGAGGGGGAAAUAGCCAGAGUAUGUACAGGCAUGAAAGACAGCCAAGGAAAGAAGAGGACAAAUGAACAGGCAUAGAAAACCUUACACAGGGUCUUAGGGAUCAAAGCUGAAUACUUCUGGCAGGAAGGGAUUGUUGGGGAGAAACAACAGUGACUGCAAAGAAUUGUGGCUGAAUGACUGCAGGAUGGAGAUCAAGAAUUUGAGGAAACAGUUUGAUGAAUGGAGUUGAAGAAGGAAGAGGCAUGCAAAAGGUAGGGUUAGCUAUACUGGUCACUUUUUCUGGUAAUAUGUCUGAGCUUUUAAGCACUUUGUGAACGAUUAUAAAAUGAUAUAGCUUUUCUGCCACUAAAUCUGUGUGUAGGGAAGAAAGCUGCCUGUCAUCCAGCUUUUAAAAGUCUUAGAGCUCCAAUGUAGGCAACUCUUAACAUGAACAUGAGCGUUGAAACAAACCACAGAUCAGAUCCAAACCAGAGGUUACUGUGUCUUUAUGAUAGGCAUAAAAGGCACAUUUAUGAUUGAAACUAAACAGCAACAUGUUCUAUACAGGAGGAAUACAAAGCAAACUCUGAACAAGGCCAUGUGUCAGUACCCAAAUUAAUGUGAAUGAAAGGAAACACUGGCAUAAUGGCAGCAACAUGUCUGACUAUGUGCUCCAGGCAUCUCCAACCUUCGACCCUCCAGAUGUUUUCGACUACAACUCCCCAUCAUCCCUGACCACUGGUCCUGUUAGCUAGGGAUCAUGGGAGCUGUAGGCCAAAACAUCUGGAGGGCCGCAGGUUGGGGGUGCCUGUGCUAGACUAAACAUAGGCCUCUUCCUCUUUAUGAGCUGCAGUCCACAGAAAAGACACAACUGUGACCAUAGUGCAUUAUAUCAUACAUUACAUGAAAUUAAGGUGACUAGGUUCAAUCAGUGUUUAUUGCAUCCAUAUCCCUUCCUCAUUUUACUAUGUAGUGACCAAAACCAAUCUCCUCUCCUCUCCUCUGUCUCCUUCAAUAUUCCUCCAUUUGGAACAAAUAACAUUGUACGUUCAGGGACAGAGAAUGCAACAAACCUAAAAAAAAUGACAAAAUUCUUGCAAAUCCACUACUUACCAAGAAGGCAUAGCCAUGUUCAUGUUUAAAGAAACUGGCAUAACUGGCCUGGAAAUUGGGGAGAAAGGAUUUUUUUAAAUUAGCAAAAACAUUCAAAACAAUCAUUUUCAUGUGUUUCUGUAAUAUGUAAAUGGUACCAUCACUAACUCCUGAUAAGAUCAUAUCACAAUAGGCAGAUCUCCUUAGAGAGAAACUUUGUAACUGGCCAAGACAGGAAAUGAAAUUUUCUGACACUCUUACCCCUGCUCAAAUACCUGUCAUAUCUUGGUCAACAAAUAUGGUGACCCAUCACAAUUAGUGCUAUGUGAAUCAUGUACAUUUCUCCACCUGUGCUCACUGACCCACUGGGAGCCAAUAGAUCAUUUCCUGGUAUUUCACACAUUCUGUUUUCCUGUGUUCCUUCUGUCAUGAAACAAAAUACAUGUUAUGGACCUAUUCUUUCCUACCUUUUCAACCUGCCAGUCCCUAAAUAAGACUAAUACUGAGCAUUUUGAUCCAAGACUUGGGCAUAAAGGGCUUUUUUCCAUUCCUGAAAUAUUUUAUCUUGGUUGGCUUACUUGGACAAGGCAGUAUAAUACAUAACUUAGGAUUCACCAUGAGGAUUUUGUGUUUGGGACCCACCUUCAGCCCCACCCCUUCAUUGAAGUCAUACUCCUUGUUUUGCAGUUCUGUCAAGUGGUACUUCCCAGGUGGUCCCAAGCCACCAUUUGGGAAUCAGUGUCCUAUAAUAAAAAAACCGUACAUACUUAUAAGAUACAUGGCAAAGCAUGGACUUAAUGUGGGAUAUUUAAGAUUCUAUCACUUUAAGUCAUAAGCUUAAUGACUUCAUUUAUAGCUCAUGUUCUCUUGGAAAUUCAUUUUUGUGUACCUGAGAAUGAUCAAAGCAUGGUUUUUUCAGGCUCACACCUAAAUUACCUUACUAUUUCUUCAGUCUCUCUCUAAAGUGUCAUGCUGCACUCUGCACCACAACCUGUACAACGCCUCAAGUUAUUUAAGGAUAUUCCACAGGAGAGGAAAUUCUAAUGUAAUCCAGAGCCCCUGUAAUGAUAAAACCUAAAAAUGUUUCAGAAGGGAACCUCUAGGGGCCUGCAUUUCCCUGCUACCUUGUAUUUCUUAUUGUUGCACCAUACUGUUAGCCACUCUGUGCUCCCAGGGGGAGAAAGGGUGGGGUAUAUGGAAACAAAUAAAUAAUACAGCUGGGGAAUCUCUUGGAUGCAUGCUGUUGAGCCCCACAAGCAGAUUUUUGCAGCCAUUUGGUCAUCUCAAGCAGCUAGAAAUUCUAGGUGCAGGUAACCAAGGAUUUGCCUUCUUGCCUGUAAUGCUGGAUGUGUGAUGGAAGGAAUCACCAUUCAAAGACAUAACAGACAAGUGAAAGGAAAUCACUGCUUGCUUGUUGGAAACUGCUACUCACUACUAUCAAACAAGCAAGUGGUUGGAACAUGAAAAAUCUCCAAAAAACCAAACUAUUAAUCAGGGAAUUAAAACUGUGCCUUUAUGUUGUGUGCAAUUAACUGAAAUCACGGAAAUAUGCUUAAUAGAUAUGAAUAUUUAAUUUUAAGAAGAACCAAAAAGCUGAAUGUAUAGCAACUCCUUGUUUCUCAAAGCAAACCUUCAGGCCGUCUGUUACAAAACAUGUAAUUGCCAUCUAAUUUUGAAAAUGGGGUUGGGGGAAGAAUAGUAACCAAAAAGGAUUAAUAUACUUACGCAUGUGGGCAAAUAUACUUUAUGUGUGGGCUUCUGAUUCCAGCAAAUGCUUCUGCCCACCCAUGCCUAUUAAAAUACAGAAAAAAACAAAAAACAAAAAAGCUUGUCAUUUAAAAUCUUCCAGUUCCUUUAAAUAUGCCUAUCUAAAGAUAUUACUUAUGUCAUAAUUAGCCAUCCUCUUUUUUAGUAUAUAAAACCCAACACUUAAAAGGAGGGUCCAUUUCUAUCAGGAUUAUUUUUUUAAUUUGAUUUAAAUCAGAUUUCCAAUUCUUCAAUAUUUAGAUCAGUAUUAUUUUGCAGUUUAUGCUGGCUACAAGGCAAAGACUUGGAUUCAGCUUCAAGACUGAAAAUAAAUAAGACAAUAAUGUAAAGCAAAAAUUAAUGCUACAACCAGUUCAACUGUACACUUGUUAAUUAAAUAUUAAUUUCAAAAUGUAACUUUUGGUAACUCUAAGCAUCCGAAGAUAGCAGUCCUGAGCGGACUUACUACAAAGUAAGCCCCACUGGAACAAAUAGACAUUGAAGUGUAUAAAAUAAUUACUUCUGUAGGGAGGAGCUUUAAGGAAGCACAAUGUGAAAGAAAAAUAUUAGAAGAGGAUUCCCGUUUAUUCUUUUCUAGACUAAUUUCCAGCCAUUAACUUAAAUCAGGUAACAACCUGCAUGUAAGUUUAAAAGGCUACAUUCCAUGGCACUAUUUAAACCACUAAACACAUUUCAAGCACUAAAUUGAUGCUAACCUGAAUCUUUACACCCCAAACCAUACAUAGAUUCCUUCCCUAGCCAGGAAAACAGGGGGAAAUGAAUGGUGAUGGGGAGAAGCCCAGCCACCAACCAGGGACGCUUGGAAUAACAGGAUCAAUGUUGGGGGUGGGGAGGAUGUUAUUUCUCCCACCCAAGUUGUUCCUGGAGACCUAUGCUUUUCCCACCCUCCCUCUCCCUAUGCAGGUCGAUGAAGAGAUUACACUCUCCCAAGGAGAACAAAAAUGAAGGUGUAUAUUGGGAAGUGUUGCCCAAUAAAUAAACAAAUAGUCAUGACUGUUUAGUCAUUGAGAGAAAAAUACAGGAUAAAACUCCCGGCCACCCUGAGCUCAAAGGUGGGGCAAGAAAGGAAGGUGGGGUGCCAAGCCAGUUCUACAGGAUUAAGGCCACUCCCACUGAUAAUAUUAACAAUGCUAUACUGUUGUUCCAUGUGGCAUGUGCAAGGGAAGUAAAACGCAGAAUUUUAAAAAAAGUAAUAAAACUAAUCUGAAAAAUCCCAGGAUAUAGUAAUCCUGUUCAGAAGUAAUGGUAUUAACAUAUGGAGGUUGAACACUGCAUGCACAUAAGCCAGUAAUAAGCUGUCAUGAGGGGAGCUUAUGUAGAUUCCGCUGCGGUGAGAAUUCAGCACAUAGCAUAUUCUCUUGUAAGUAGCAAGCUGCAUUUUUAAAGGCUAAGAUCAUAUAGCAAGCUAAAUAUUUCACUUACCCAGUAUCUCCUAAUCCAUGAAGAAAUAUGACCUAGAAGUUAACAGCACAUUAAUUAGACCAUUUAUUUUUUAAAAAUAUUACAUGGUACAAAGAUAUCUACAGUGAGCAUGCACCUAACUCUUCAGCAACUACCCACAUACUUCCAUUAAAUCUUGACUCCACAUGUAAACAAAGGGAGCUCAUAUGAUAAGGACAGAAGAAGAAUAUAACUGUUGUUCUCAUUCAAACACCAGAAGCCAUCUAUAUAGUAAGGCUUCUUUGACGAAGAUAAACCCACAGCUGGUUCACAUAUUUUUGUAUUUGGAGAAGAAUAUGAACAGUUGGUUGACAGUUCUAAGAUUGCUUUUAAUAAUCAUCUUGAAAACAUAUUCCAUAUGGCUAGAAUUGGCUAGUAUGUAAAGCUAGAAUUCCCAUAGCAGUGGAGUGCAGAGAAGUGGUUCAAUUCCAUCUAUUUUGUAUUCUAUUUGCACCUUUAAGUUAUAAGCAAUAUUUGAUUGGAGGUUACUGGGUUUAAUUCUUGUCUAUUGGUAUUUACAGUUGUCUAUAGUGAAAACAUUUGUUGAAAUGUAUUUGGUAGUUGAAUUGUGAACCACAUUCACCUUGGGCACCUGCUUGAGGUUCACCUUUUUCUUUUUUCACAAUGAAUCCAUCAUGUAUGUAAACAAGUCAUUCAAAACUGCCUUUGCACGGCAGCUCCUCCAUGCAGUAACUAUCAUCCUGAGUACUGGAUCACCAUGUUGAUCAAUUCCAACCUUGUGAUUAUGCCCAUAGCACUGUAAGAAAUGUAGUGUUGCGUUCCUCUGACUUGGUGGGACUUCCAAGGAAUCAUGCACAGGACUGCAUUGCACAUAUUUUAAAGAUAAAAGAAUUUGGGGUGGGGAAAACCAGUGCAGCAAGGCACACAUAAACUGUUCAACAUACAGAGCAGUCACCUCACAGAUCACUGUGUGUGGUCCCUCCUAUGCAAAAGUACCUAUGAGAACCAAAUUUGUAUUAAAGUUUGUGUGAUCCUGUUCUGGUUUGACCUUGUAGUGUGAGCUAGGUAGCAAGUUUCUGAGCUGGGAGCAAAGCCAGGAAGCUCAGAACCACUUGGCAAGAAGAAACUGUAUGCUGGUUGAUGCUCUGGUGGUUCCAUUUUUACCUCUGCCCUCAAAAUAGAACUACAGAAUCAAACUGGCCACUCAUAUGUCUUUGAAAUAAAUUGUUCUUGUUUCUUCCUUUCUUUCCUUAUAAUGAAUGUUUGUUUAUUUUGUCCUUUCAUUGUGAUGAGCCUUUCUAUAUUCCUUUUCCUUAUAAUUAUUAUGAGUCCUCAGGGAUAUAGGGCCGCACCAACCUAAUUAGCAGUAGCUUGUGCUGCUCAUCAAGUUAUUCAUUAUAAAUUCUCAUCACCUAAGCAAAUAAAAUGCUUAGGUGGGACACUCCUGCAUGGAAACUGAUACUAAAAUAACUCACUUAGCUCUACUUCGCGCUUCUGGUUAUUCUGGUGCAAGUGUUCAUAUUCCAAACACUUUUGAAAGAGACAGCAAUAGGUGAUGAAAUGUUUUGUUGCAGCCAAGUCUCUCAAUAAAUGAGAGCAUGUGCUGGCUUCCCAAAGCCUUCUCAGCAAUUUAUCCGAUUGCCGUGACAUUCAGUUGUGAUUUUCCCACCUGCCCACACAGGAUUUGACACCGAGGCCGUGAAAUGCAAAGUAUUUUUAAUUUUAACACAAUAAAUUACUACUUAGGGUCUUGCUCAUAAACUUGGAUUAGCACCAUCUGAGGCAAAGAAAGGACCCAAGCGGCUGAACGGUCUUAAUUAAGAUUUUCAAGCGCAACAAUGCUUUGUUCGGCUCAUAUUGUGAAACCUGGCGAUAUUCGAUUCUGAGCUCGGCCAGAUUUUGUUUUUCUUCCCUGAAGAGGGAGGAAGGGGAAGAGAACGCUGUUUGGUUUCUGCAAGAACGGCUUGCAGAAUAUGCAUCUUUACCAUAUAUCAAAACUGUUGAUCCACCGCGCGUCUGUUCAUACUGCGUACUUAACAUUCACCGCACUUAAAAGAGUAAGCCCGGCUACCUCGAGCAAAACCCAGGACUUUUACCUACAAGGGGGCGGCGGCGGCUGAGGUGCGGCUCAAGGACAUUAUCGCCCAACGGGAGACAAACGAGGGCGCCUGUCCAAAAGCCAGGCCAGGGGCAGGAGGCGAGGGGGGGAGGUGCUUACGGCGCUGCUGUGGGCCCGCCAAAGCAAGUCGCGCUGCGUUCCGCGGGGCUUCCUCCCUAAGAGUCAGUGAGUUUAGGAGUGCGACACCCAAGACGCCCACCCUCACCUCGCCAGCCCCUGCCUGGUCAACUCUCCCCCCCCAAAAAAAAGACCACCCCCUCAUUACGAGAGGCGCCAGGCGCUGCCGCUCCUCCUUCACUCACCGCGGCGGUGGCCUUUCUGGCGGCCGGGACGAUGGCUGGCAGCGGGGCAGACAUGUUGUUACCGCACAUACACUGGACUCUCCGACCCGCAGGUUGGGCGGGGGGAGGCCGGUGAGAAACCGUCGCGGGAGGGAGGAGGAACGGGCGGGGCGGGGAAACGGAUUGGAAGGAAGAAAACGGGGAGGAAGCUCGGCCGGGCCCGCCUUCCCCGCCUCCUACGUCAGCGGAGGCGAGCGAGCGCACGCCUGUGCGUGCCUUUCUCUUGCGUGUGGCGUCAGCAAGCGAGGGCGGCCGUUAAGAGGCGGGCCCUCCCAAAAGCGUGUAGGCCUUUUCGGGGCGCUCGAGUGCCUGCUUUGUUUCUGUGGGAUGGAUUCGCGUGUGUGUGUGUGUGGUUUUUUUUUAAAAAAAGCACCACAACGGCUUCUGCUCAGCCUGCUUCUAGUUGAUUAUUGCCGCCGCUUUUUGUUUUCUUCUCUCAAAAGGAUGGGGAACGGGGUUUUGACUUCGUGUCCCGCAGGCAGGAAUGAUGGGAGUUGUAGUCCAAGCAACUUCUGGAGGUUUACCGUCAGGUCCCCAUCCCCAUCCCCCCCUCCCCCCAGGUUUCCCCGCACCUGCUGUAGAGUGGCCGUCAAGAAAAUGGAAAAGGCAAACCAAAAAAGCUUCAGAGAUAAAAGAGGUACAGAAAAACAUAACAAAAAGUCUUAGCUUUAAUCUGCCAUUGAAAUCCAGAAUAUUGCCGUCCUACCAACAAAAGGAACAGCCCGGACACAGCCUGGAUUCCUGCUUUUUAAAACUCUGGUCUUUAUGUAAGAAUAAUUUCAGAGGUUUUAAAACUGCCUCGGUAAAGUUUUUCAAGAGCAGCAUAUAAAUAGACAGGGAGCUGCAUUUGUAUUGGAAUUUGCACUGCAGAAUUUUAUUUUUAUUUUUUUACAAACUUCAAUGAAAAUAUUAAAAACAUUUACCAAGCAGAGUGCUUCUUCCAAGACACUUAACAUGUACAGAUGUUGAGGCUGGUAUGCAGUCAUCUAAAUGGCAUCAAAAUAAACUUGGGAAAUCUUUCACAUUACAGAUUAAGCUCACAUCCACAGGGUAUACUGUAGGGCUGUUUUUUAAUGUUUAGAAACAUGCAAAUUGAUAUUCCGGGGGGCCCUCCCAUACACAAAAUAAGAGCACAAGUUCUUUAUUGCUGUCUUGCUUCUGAGUGGGCUUGCUGGUGCCCAGCACUCGGGGCAAAGCUUUGUGGAAGAAAUCCAGGGCCCAAUCAGCAGAAUGAGCUGUCACAUUUUUAAAUAAGUGAAUACUUUCCCAUCUACAGAGAAGUGGGAUUAAUAACAUUUCAAGUGUAAACUUACUCUUCAGGACUGUUAAAGUGGUAUAAAACCCAUCUUUGAGUGAGAUUGUACCUUUCUGCAUCUGGUGAAAGGGCCUUCACAGCAGUGGAGCUCUGAAACACCACCCACCUCUUGAAUCCAGCUGACACCAGCUUUUUUGCUGCUAGCUAGACUUAUUUCUUCAUCCAGGCUUUUAAUGAUGUGGUUUCUUGAUGCAGUAAGGCUGUAAUUCUACCCCCCCUCUACUGUUUACCUGGGAGAAGGCCCAGUGGGGUUACAUCUGGGUAGACAUUAGGAAGGAUUUCAGCUGAGGCUACUGAUUUUGUAGUAAGGAGGUAUGACUGACUUUCUAUUUUCAUUUUUUAAUGGAAUUGCAUUGCUGUUUUCACUGGAAUGGUUAGCUUGGUUUUAUAUUUAAAGUACUCCACCCUAGAACCACUUGUAGUUCAGAAAUGAAAUAAAUGAUAGUGACAGCUGUUUUACAGGAGACAAUGUAUUGUUGUUGUUGUUGUUGAAUUUAUAUACCGCUCUAUACCCGGGGGUCUCAGGGCGGAUCACAGAAUAUAGUAAAUGUAGAAAUCCAAAUGCAGCGCAGCUGUGAUUUGGCAGCGGUGUCAGCGUGCUUCCGCCUGCAACAGAAGAGAAGUCUGGAACCGUUGUCCUUCAAACUGAGAUGUGAUGCCCAUUCCAUUGAAUUCAGACACGUUGUGCUUCCCCUUUCUCAAAACAAUGGAUAAUAAAAAUAAAAAUAAAAAUAAUUAUUAUUAUUUAUACCCCGCCCAUCUGGGCGGCUUCCAACAAGGGAUUAAAAAUACAUUAAAACAUCAGUCCUUAAAAACUUCCCUAAACAGGGCUGCCUUCAGAGGUCUUCUAAACGUCAGAUAGUUGUUUAUUUCUUUGACAUCUCAUGGGAGGGCGUUCCACAGGGUGGGCGAGAUACCAAGACAAAACGAGGAACCGGGAGAGGUGCCUCUCUAUUAUUUCUUUUCUCUACAGCUACAGCAUGGGGUUGAUGGUGUUUCUGCGCCGGCGCAGAGCCUGCUGAUUGGUUCUCUCUCUCGGGCUCUCCCGCCACGCCGCCGCUUCCUCUCUCCUGCUUUCCUUGCCCUUCGCUCGCGCCAGGGGAGCGAUGGCAGCGCAGGCUGGAGGAGGCGGAGGGGGCCGCGCCAAGGCCUUGGAGCUGCUGCGGACCUUGCCCAGGGUCAGCCUCGCCAAUCUACGGCCGAACGAUGGCGCCCGGAGUCGGGUGAGUUGGAAGCUGGCGGGUGAGGAGGGAGGCCUUGGCCCCGCGGCUGCCUCGCUUGACGCUGCAGCGUUAGGCCGCCUCUGCGCUGCUAAGCGAUUUUCCCUGCCUCCUCUCCCUUAUUCAGUGCCGCCUGCCCUUUUUAUGAUAGGGUCACUGGUGUCUCUAAAGGGACCCAGAAGAAACGAGGGCCACGUUUAGCUUAUUUCCCGUAAGUGGCCCCCUUGUGUGACUUCAUUUUCUGCACAUGGUGGUGACAAAAGGAUGCCUGUGUGCAUGUUUUUACUGGACCCACUCAUAUUGCAUCUGAGUACACAAUAUUUUCCCUAGAACCCUAUGGCAUCUUAGUCUGCUCAGUUUAUAGUGCAUGAUAUUUACUAGGAAUGAGCCUGCUUCAUCUGAGGCAUAUGCAAUAUACAAAUCUUACAGGUGUAUGUAUAUAUAUAUAUAUAUAUACACACACACACACUCACAAACACUAAUAUUUAAAAAGCUGUGAGCAGUGUCUAAUGCCCAUAUAUUUCAGUCAUAGUUUUUUAGCAUUGUUACCCUAUUCUGUCCAAUUCCCAUAUUCUAAAAAUACUGAAACACUAGGCUACAUAGACACUAUACUUUUAAAGCACACACAUAUCCUAGGAGCUGUAAUUUGUUAAGGUUGAUAGGAAUUAUAGCUCUGAGGGGUAAGCUACACUUCCCAGGAUUCGGGGUAGGCGUGCUUUAAAUGUAUGGUGUGGCUCUUAUGAGAGAGUAGUUAAAGUAGUUAGAAUGUAUGAAAUCUGGGGAGGAAUUACAAGUUGUGGAAUUUAUUUUAAGACUAUUAUCUGACAGCUUCCAUACCUCUACCUCUUUCCUACUCACUUUUCUACACCACUCACCUUGCUGUGGAUUAUGCAAAUUAAUGGGGUUUUAUUUUGUGGUAUGUUCCGAAAAGUCAGACCUUAUUUCCUAUACAUGCUUACUCAGUAUUAAGUAUCACUGUAUUCAUUGGGGAUUUUUUUCCAAGUAUGUGUGCACAAGAUUGUACAAUCUUCUAUGAUAUUUUUUUUAAGGGGGGUACCUGUGCCACAGAACUCUUCUUUCACAAAUAAACUGAAUAUGUGUUAUGUAACAAACUGAUGUUUGGCUAUUUCCUUUAGGAAAAGAGUCGGCGUGAAAAGACUCAAUGGAGGAAAACAACUCACAGAAGCCAAUGGAAAAGAGGAACUCGUCCUCGAUUAGGCUUUGAAGGAGGCCAAACUCCAUUUUAUCUAGUUAUUCCAAAAUAUGGCUACAAUAAAGGUCACCAGUAAGUUUGCUUCCAUGAUCAUUUUCUUUUUAAAAUGUCUGUAGUCAAAAUUUAUUGAAAGCACAAUCCAAACUCCUAGCUGGGAACAGUGGGGUGGACUGCUGCAUCCAGAGCCCUCCAGUUGUGACAGUGAAGACAGAAGGUGGGGGCAGGAGGUAAAUUAAAUUAUUUUUGCUGCACCAUCUCCAGACUGGUGUAGUUGAAGGACACAGAUCAGGGCCAUUGUUAGUAGCUGGAUCAGCUUUCAAAAUCAAUACACACCACUAUUUUAGGUCCAUAAUUUCAUGAGUCUACUCUGAGUAUAACAUACUUGGAUGUAGCCCAGUGUAUUUUACAUUUUUGGGGGGGUGUCUUUUUAAAGUAAACCAUGGUACAGUAUCACUACAUGCAGACAUGUAGAAAAACUUAAAAGCGCUGCUGUUUAAAACACAUGCAUAUAUUUAAGAAGGUAAGGCAGAACAAAUAUGAGAUUUUUCACGUCUGCGCCUAAAUUGUUGAGAAAUGAAAAAGAAACUAAUGAUUUAUUUUUCCAGCCUCUCACAGAGGAAAGAGGAUUAGCAAAAUGCUCUUUUGAUUCAAAUUACUAUUUGUUCCACCAUUCUCAAAUCCCAAAUCAGACCUGAGGUGCCUAGAUAGAAGCAGGGGGUGUCUUGAUGCGCCAGUCAUAACAGAUGAUGAGGUUGUGCAUUGCAUUCAACAGCAGAACUCUACUCAGCUUUAAUCUGGCACUGUACUUGGUUGUGUACAGAAGUGAGAUCAGUUGGUGCACAGCUUAAUCUUUUGCAGCUAGAGUCAAGGAACACUGUUAAUAAUGCUAUCAGCAACAUGAUAAAAGUAGAUUGGAAUCCUAUUAUAAGGAAGGAACAAGAAGCAAAAGUUCAAUGACAGUACAGUGGUACCUCGGGUUACAUAUGCUUCAGAUUACAGACUCUGCUAACCCAGAAAUAGUAUCUCGGGUUAAGAACUUUGCUUCAGGAUGAGAACAGAAAUCAUGCUCCGGUGGCACGGUGGCAGCGGGAAGCCCCAUUAGCUAAAGUGGUGCUUCAGGAUAAGAACAGUUUCAGGUUAAGAACGGACCUCCAGAACGAAUUAAGUACUUAACCCGAGGUACCACUGUACAGUGGUGCCUCGCAAGACGAAAUUAAUCCGUUCCGCGAGAGUCUUCGUCUAGCGGUUUUUUCGUCUUGCGAAGCAACCCUAUUAGCGGCUUAACGGAUUAGCGGUUUAGCGGCUAUUAAAGGCUUAAAGGCUUAGCGGAUUAGCUGCUAAAAGGCUAUUAAAGGCUUAGCAGAUUAGAUAAAGGGGGCGAAAAGCGAAAAAAAAAUCUCAAGACUUGCAAGACAUUUUCAUCUUGCGAAGCAAGCCCAUAGGGAAAUUCGUCCUGCGAAGCAACUCAAAAACGGAAAACCCUUUCGUCUAGCGGGUUUUCCGUCUUGCGAGGCAUUCGUCUUGCGGGGCACCACUGUAUGUGAGUAUUUGGCAUGUGCGGAGACCAUCCAUGGUCAGGAAAACCUAUCUUGUUCAUGCAAGAGGUAGCAUGUAUGGAGCGAGAAACUCUCCACCCCAUUUCAAGCAGCCCUUCCCUCAUGCCUCAUUGCAACCAAUAUGUUUUUAUUUUUAAAAAAACCACAACAGUGAUAAAAUUUGGUGGGAUUGCUUUCCAGGUAUGAUUGGGAUAGGGAACCUGGUACUUCCCAGAAGUUGUAGGAUUUUCAGUAGUGUGGGAUUGAAGGUACUAUAGUCCAGCAACAUCCCUGUGAUGGAUAUCUUGGGUUGCACCCUUUGCACUUAAUCCAGUAGUAGAGCAGAUUUCACUCACUUCAGAGAGACUUUCACAGGAGGAGCUUUGCAGUGCAUUUUGUGCUUAGUAUAUUCUCAUUAGUUCUGAAACUCUAAAACAGUUUUCCUUUGUUUGUACAGCCUCAGGCGCCAGUAUCCGCCUCUCACUCUCAAAAGGCUACAGUACCUGAUUGACUUAGGUAGAGUUGACCCCACACAACCAAUAGACCUCACGCAGCUGGUAAAUUCCAGAGGUGUAACAAUACAGCCACUCAAAAGAGAUUAUGGUAUCCAACUUGUGGAGGAGGUAGGUCUGUAAUGCAUGAUAUUUUAAGCCAUUUAGUUUUGGGCAUGUUCUGUUUUUUUGUUUUUGUUUUAAUAGAUGAAGACAAGUAGGUAUCACUCCACUAGAGAGCAGUAUAUAUUAUCAGAUUGCUUGGUUUUGUUUUGCUGGGUAAGACACAUUCUUAAAUCAGAUUAUUUUAACAAUGGAAAGCAUGGAAAAAUAGAUGAAAGUUAAAUCCUAGUUUGGUGAGUAGAUGUUUGAUCAAAAUUCUUGGUGUUGUCAGGUCUUGCACACAAAUUUUUUAAAUGUAACAUAGAUUCCAGAGAUGAAUGCAGCAAAGUGGGUGAACAUUAUAAAAAUAAAUUCAGAGUCCAAAGAUGCAACUCAUUCCUGGGCCAUAUGGCAUUUUGGAUUUACAACAGCAAUCUGGUUUUGAAACUCCAGAGAAUUUCAAAAUCUGUUUGUUGUAUGUCAAAGAAGUCUACUUUUAAAUAGCAGAAGAAAGCAGCCAAAUGAUUUUUUCUAGUCUUACAGCUACUUCUGUGAAAGCAAAUGUUGCAUCCUGUCAGCUUGACUUGCUGGUGUGAAUAGUUCAAAGCAAAUAGAUUUUCAGUCUUUUUUAUAUAGCGAUGUUUUUGAUGAAAUUCUACAUUCUGUUGUAAUGGCAAAUGCUAAAUAAUUUCUGUGAUUCUAAUUAUGAAAGGAAGUAGUGAACCCUACUGAGCAUCAAUCUUGAGUGCAACAGGAUUGCUAUUUCAUAUUUUCAACUGGGCUCCACAAAACAGCAGCUUAGACCCUACCCCAUGUUUCUCAAGAUAAAUCCCCAACUCUCAGGAGAGAAUUUUUGAAGGGAUACACAGUGGAAGAAGGGAUGGGAAAAUUUCUUUCUCUUUGAGUUACACUGGUUUGGAUACCAAUAUAAGGUAUCCUUUGCUCUCUCUCUCUCUUUCUUUUGAUGAAGGGUGAUGAAAAUUAUAUUCCAUGCACUUGAACUUAUCUUUAUGUGACCUAACCACUCUUCAUGUGAACUUGUAGGGUGCCGAUACAUUUGCAGCAAAAAUUAAUAUUGAAGUGCAGAUAGCAUCUGAACUCGCCAUUGCUGCUAUUGAAAAAAAUGGUGGCGUUAUUACUACAGCCUUCUAUGAUCCAAGGAGUGUGGGUAAGAAUUCUCACUGCCUCUGUCUGUCCAAGUGUUCAGUAUUUUCUGUUUCAGUGUUUCUUUUCAUCGCAACUCUUUAUCAGCAUAUACAGCUAGUCUUUUAGAUGGUUCCUGAGGGCAACCCUUGCAUUUUUCAGCAGCAACAAAACGCAGAAAUGAGCUAUGAGCAGAAUUUCACCUGCCAUUUUAGCUGGGCUGGUGUAAAGGGUUGGCAUUCUUAGGCCUGCGUCUUGCUAGGGAGCUCAUUCAGAAGACAUGGAUCCCCCUGCCCCUGCUGCUCUAUCGCCUUUCUCUUGCUGCUUGAGUGAGCAGCAGCUGGAACAAGACGAGGAGGGAGCAGUACUUUUCCUGCCCUCUGAACAGUCAUGCAGGCUGAGCCCAAAAGAAAAGGGCAAAUGAAUGGCCGGCAGUUAUCUGUCUGGAAAUGGUUGUUAUAGGUGGCUUGUAAGCAACACAGAUAUGUUAGCUUACAAGGUGGGCUGACUGAGCACAUCUUGCCCAUGGACCCUUCCUAAACCUGGCACUGGCACUGCAUGCUUUCCUCAACAGCAUGUCUUUAAAUAAACUGAUGUUAAAAUUGCAUGAGGGUCUCUGUUGCUCCCCCCCCCCCCCAUCACACUUUCACUUCAUGUGUUUUGAUUGCCUGCAAAUCAGAGACAAUUCCUCAUUCAAAUGAACUCCUGGAUUUAGUCUAUUGUGCUUCCAUAAUAGAAUUCCAGGUGCUUCCCUUCCUGUGCUUUCCUUUUGCUAUAGGAAAAGUAACUACUGCAAAAAGGUCUUGCCUACUGCACUUUUUGCCCUUUUGGUCCUGUAGAUUUCUGUGAUUGCUUUAUGUGAAGACAAGUUCUAUGUAGGCAGCUACUUAAGCUAUUAGCAGGGUUGGGGAACAGGAUGUUCCUCAGCCCUGUCAAAUGUCACUACUGAGGACAUUACCUAAAGUUAACAUUGCUUUUGAUGUUAAUAUAUGGAGAAGGCAUUACAGUAUGCUGGACCCAGACUGUUUAUGGCUUUAAAGAUAAAAAAAGUAUCCAAAUUUAGACCAGAAACAAAUGGAUAGCCAAUUAAGGUCAUCCCGGAUCAGUGCUUUAUGAACUCUGUGGUCUGGUCCAGCCGUCUGCAUUUCAUUAAAAUAAAAAAUGUUUUCAAAGGCUGUUUCAUGUACAGCACAAUGUGGUAAACUACUUGAGACAUUAAUAGGGCACAUAAGACAGGGGCUAAACCCAUUUUAUCACAAAUGGGUACAGUAGAUUUGUCAGCCAGUGAUGGAGAACAAUCCACCCCUGUUUAAAACUGUUGCUUUGGCAAUAGAAGUACUUGCAAGCUAUGGAGAGGAGUGUGAUUCCUUGUCCAGCACAGGCAUAUUUCCCCAUAUCCAGAUCAAGUGGCCCAUUUGCCACUAGUAACUCAGUCUUGUCUGGAUUCUGCUUCAGUGUGUUCACCGUCAUCCAGGCAGUUUGGCCAGUUUCCCUAUGGAAAAUAAAGGGAACAGACUUCAUAUUCUCUGUACUUGACUUCAUAUCCUCUAAUUGCUAUAGAUGAAUUCAAUACAGAAAUCUGCUGUUGUGUAAACCUAAUGGGCCCAAAUAAAUUAAGCUGCACCUUUUCCAGAUUAAUUCUGAAUUUUGAAUGUCAUUCCUAAGAGAUUUUCCCACCAGAGGUAUAGCAGGUGUAUAUGGUUUGGGGCACAUUAAAAAUUAAAAUAUUUAUUUCUAAACCACCCUCCAUCAGUUAUGACCUAAGGAGGUUUACAGUCAAACACCAAAGCAUUACAACAUUAACAUUCAAUCAAUAAUUUCAAUCCAAUUUAUAACCAUAUAAUCAGAGGACAACAUCUAUCAAUUUGUAGCUGGUCUCCAAAGGCCUAUAGAAGGAAGAGGUAGGUCUUCAGCCAGUGCUUAAAAUCCACUUAGAAUCCUAUGACUGUGUCAGUCUCACCUCCAAGGGAAGGGUGUUGCAUAGAUGGGGAGCCACCACAGAGAAGGCCCUAUUCCUCACUCAGCAGCAGGAUAUAAGCUAAAGAACACAAUAUUCAUACUACACCUUUUGGCAAUGAAAUCACAAAUGCCAGAGUAGCUAAUACUGUAUUUUUUUGUUCCAUUAUUUUGCACAUAGGUAUUCUUUGCAAGCCAGUGCCCUUUUUCCUACAAGGCAAGCCUAUUCCAAAGCGAAUGCUUCCUCCUGAAAAUCUUGUCCGUUACUAUACAGAUCCUAAUAAUCGUGGCUACCUGGCUGAUCCAUCGAAGAUUUCAGAAGCAAGACUAGAGCUUUCCAAGAAAUAUGGUUAUGUCUUACCAGAUAUUACAAAAGAUGAACUCUUCCAAAUGCUGAGCACACGCAAGGACCCCAGACAGAUUUUCUUUGGCCUUGCUCCAGGUUGGGUGGUAAACAUGUCAGAGAAGAAAAUUCUGAAACCAACAGAUGAGCGCUUGCUAAAAUACUACAGCUCAUGAAUGCUCAGGUUGGAGGCAACUGUUAAAAGAACUCAAUACACAAAACUGUAUUGUCACUAUUUUAUAUUAAUACACAGCUAGUCACAGUACAAAUAAAAUAAUAAAAUGUUGACUGUAUAAUAGUUCCAUAAUCUGUUUUUUAAAAAUUCCUCCUUUAUGUGAGAUAAGUUGAUUGGUAUCAGGAUUUCCUUCUGAGUAUCUAAUAAAUGUGCUUUUCACCUGCUUACAAUCUGCUUUACAGUGUACGUAUACAUACAACACCAUCCUUUAGCUUCUGCAAUUGUUUCUGGAAUCAUAUAAUCAAAUAUUUUGUUUUAAAAUAGUAAUCUUUGCAACUAUAUGUAGGCAUCAUAGAAAAACAAAUCAGCUGGCACAUAUGAGCCUCUGAAUUCCUCUGACUGGUGUUGUCUGCUCCCUUUUCCCUAGCCCCACAGUCACCUUUCUUAAGAUUAAAGCAUGCUGCAGUGCUGUCCCUGCUUCCUCUGCUGGCUCUUUUGCUCUGAUCCACUUGUCAAAACUACUAGGAUGCUUCUUUUGAUGUAGCACAAAACUCUGCUUGAGCAGGGAGCUAACCAGAUGGCACACAAGCAGAUUAUACAUAUAUUUUUCAAUAUAUGAAGAAGCCACAACUCAGUCCAAAGGCAGGUUUCAUAUUACUAUGCAGUAUAAUUGUGGUAGCUGUAGAUGUGGAUACACCAACUAUACUGAAGCAACUCAACUCCGGAUUUUACAGUAAUAGUCAUGUCAAACUCCCAUGCCUCAGCAGGGAGUUAGUUCCAUGGUCAGGGGGAAGGCAUAGCAGAAAACCUGUGUUGUGUGCCUACCAGAUGUAUGAGAGAUGGGGAUGCCCUUGAAGAGGGUAUGUUACAUCUGCAGGUUUUGUAAGAACUUUUUUUUAAAAAUCUGCUCGAAUAAUCAGAGCAGCUUUUUGGGGGGACACACAAGAAAUUUCACCUUUGUUAAUCCCAGUACGAAAUUAUUUGAUCUGUUUGUGUCAGACCAAUGUGCAGGUUGAAACUUAAAACAAUCCAACACAUUUCCUUUUUUUUAGAAUGUUGCAACAUAGUUCUCUGCCGUUUAAAUGAAUCAAAUGUAUAUAUAAAUAUUUUGGAAAGAAUACUUAAAUAAGUAUUAGAUAGAAAUUUGCUUUAAAAAUAACUUGCAGAUUAAUGUCCCAAAUGGAACAGAACUACAGGUAAAAACAUGCAAAAGUGGCAGUCAGUAGUUCCACACACCCCUUCCUUUUCAUUGAUUAAACCUUUUUAGUUGAGUAAUGGUGGCAGCCCUUUGAAUUGCAAGCUUUGAUCUGCUUGCGAAGUGCCAGGCAUGUAGUUUUUGUAACUUCUGUGCCAAAGUAGGCAUCUUUCUUUAGGGUAGCACCUUUUGCUAAAAAUAAAGGCCUCCAUUUAAACCCAGCGCAUAAUGUAAACACAUGUUUCAUUUUAGAGCAUCCUGUUCUGUAUCCUGAUGAUUAUUGGGUUAAGAAGUGAUACCUCUUGUUGCUGUGCUGCUGGUUUAAUGUGGAGAAUGUGGGGCGAGGGGAAACAUUUAUUGCUUUCCCUUAUUUGUGCUACAGUCUUCUUGGCUUUUUUAUGAAUCAAUUCACAAUUGUAUUCUGGAAAUGGACACAUUCAACAGGAAAGCUACUAAACUGGCAGCAGGAGAGGAAGUUAGUCAUCUUAAUGAAGAGUGGAAGACAAAAGUGUUAUAUUAUUUGUAUAUUCCAGCUCAAUAGGUUUUCAUUUCCACUCAAUUUAUUUUAGUAGGAUGAACAACCUGGGGUGUGUGUGUGUCCUUAAAAACAAAACAGCAUACUUUGGCUAGUGCUGUAUUCUAAAUAAACCUCAGGUGAAAGGGAAACUCUGAUGAAAUGAUAAUGGGGAAAGAAAGAAAACAGGAAACAGAUGUCUAGUGACGUGCACUGAUUGGAUAGUGCUUAUUUAUUAAGCACCAUCUUAGUCACAAGGCAGCUGUAUCCUGACACCAAUAUUAUAAUGGUAUCAAUACCUUAAGAGCCAAAACAGCCACGUUCCACAAAAUCCGGUCAUUUUAUUUUAUAAAGGUGAUCCUGUAAUUGACUUACAAUUAGAGGGGCCAAUGUUGGCUAAACACACUGCCUUUCUGAAAUGCAGCCCACCACUAAUACUACACUUUUUACACUUCUUGGUAUCUUAUAAUAGUAACUGUUUUAUUUACAAGUUUUAAGUUUGGCAACACUGAAGAGAAUUUGCUAUUCAUUGCGUUCUCUCAUGAGACCAACAAAAUCUUAAGCAGCACAAUAACAUUUUUUUCAAAGGAACAAGGGUUCUAGCAACAAGGUACCUACUGCUCUCUAAAAACUACCCUUUCCUAUGUUGCUCUGAAAUGUUCCAAAAUGCACCUAAAGCGAAGUGCAUUUUUCACAUGUUCAGGAUGAUUCGCUGUUUUGGCUUUCCUGUUUUGUAGCAUACACAGAAAUCUUGGAAUGCCAUAACAGGAAAGGCACUUGCCACUGGAGAAAGAUUUCAUUUCUGCCAGGGUAUACAAAAGGAAUAUUUGCACAAUAAUUUAAAAUUUUCCUCAUGUGGGGGAAAAUAAGCUUGCGUCCAAAGCUGCAAACGCUGAAGAAAGAUUUAUUUUGCUUUCAGGUAAGUUAACGUUGGUGCUACAGCUGAGAACCUACUUAAAAUGAUUACCAUUGUGUAUAUUUAAACGGAAGCUGUGAGAAGCCUGUUGCUGGAUAGCAGGAGUGGGGAGCAAGUGGCCCGCUGCCUAAGUUCCUGGGGUUGGGGGCACUUUUCCGUGUCAGCGAAGGGAGGCACCUAGGGAUAAAUCUGAUGGUGAACUAGCAACUUUGUCUCUGAGGAUGUGGAGGUGAUAGCACUGGUAUAAACAGGCCUUCCAGUUCUAGCAUCUGGGGGAGUACCCACCUCCUUGCCCAGUCGCAUGUCCCAGGAUGUCAUCUGAGCAAAUAGCUGUGCUUGCCCCGCUCUUCAAAAUAAGAGCGCAGGGGACAUAGCAAUUGCUGGAACAUCUUAGUUUAUGCAUAGCCUUGUAUCAUAUCUCUGCUAUGCCUUGUGGCUUUCUAACCUGUAGACCCAUGUUGGGACGCUGUACUGACUUAAAUAAAGCAUUUAAAACUGC